CAGCCAAUCAGCAGCGAGCUUUGAAGCGCACGCACGCUCUUGAAAAGCGUUUACAGCUGAUCCACUCCCGCAGAAUCAAAACAAACCUCCACCGCUCACAGACGCCUGCUCAUGUGCGACUCUCAGCGUUAAGGGUCAAUGAGGGGGACGCUGGUCGUCGUAUUUCAGGCUCUGCUGUGGCCUGUCGUCUCAGCAUCAGCCCUGUUUACAGUCAGUUUAGAGAAGAGCGAUUACGAGGCAGAGCUACAUGGAGAUGUCAAACUAGUGUGCUUGUUCUCCAAGGUUAAACGUUUGUCUGACCUCACUGUCAUAUGGAGCCGAGUCGAGCCGAAGCCGGCCGUGGAUGUGUAUCGGCUGGAGAGAGGCACAGAAAACCACAAUUACACCAGUGCUGCGUUCAUAAAGCGUGCACAGCUCAUCCACGAGCAGCUGGAUCUAAACAGAGCGGUGCUGCACUUGAAGAAGCUCCAGAUAAAAGAUUCAGGCAUGUACCGGUGCAUCGUGAAAGAGGGAGAUGAUGGAGACUACAAGCAAGUCACGCUCAAAGUUACAGCUCCUUAUACUCCCGUGAAGAAAAGCACCAUGAAGACGGGUCAGGAUGAGGUCGAGCUCUCCUGUGAGUCUCAGGGGUUCCCGUCCGCUCAGGUUAUCUGGAGCGAUGGCCAGAACACAAACCUCACAGAGAGGUCCAUCAGCACCACACGCUCAACAGAUGAAGAUCUCUUCCACAUCAUCAGCAAGCUGACGGUGAAACGAGACCUCGUCAAUAACUACACCUGCUCUUUCCUCGUGAAGGGCGAGAUCCGGGAGACGGUCACCUUCAGCAUUCCAGACGACCUCCUUCCUCACUCUUCUGCUCAGCACGUGUGGAUUGUCGCCGUGGUCCUUGUGCUGUUAGCCAUUGUCUUCAUCUGUGUAAUUCUGCAUUGGAGAAAAAAUGGUCAGAAAAACAGACGUAAUGAAUCAUCUCAAUGUGCUUUCCUGUUUCCACACUCAUCCUCUGCCACCACUGACUCUUUACUGACCGUGAACGAGAACAGGUCGCAAGCAUGUGACAUAAACUCAGAAGAAACAGCAGAAAAAUCUUUGAGGAGCGCGCUUAUUCAACAGUAUUCAGAGCUGGACACAAGCGCUGAGAUGAACAGCAGACUUGCUUCAUAUGCUCUCCUCAGCAAAGAAGGCCGAUCUCUAAACAUCAGCUCAAUCCUGCCCGAUAAGAAAGAAAUGAUCCUUCUGCUUGGAGAACCAGGCUGCGGGAAAACCAGCGUAGCCCAAAUCCUGUCGUCCUGCUGGGCAGAGAGGACCGCGACCGACCCCUUCAACAUCCGCCGGCUCCAGCUGGUUUUCCAGGUGGACUGUAGCCGAGCGAAAGGAGACUUUUUCCAGGCGAUAAAAUCCAGCGUUUCUUAUGAAAAACCACUAGACGUGUCAGAGCUCAGAGAGACUCUUCUGGGCUCGAGAGACUGUUUGCUCAUACUGGACGGAUAUGAAGAGGGAAACAAGGACCUGGAUGAAACACUCGAAUGCUUUCUAACAGAGCGGCAGACGUGCCGGGUGUUAAUCACAUCACAUCCUGGAAAAUGUCCAGCUCUGGAGAAAAACGUCAGGACAGUAUUACAGCUCGUUCAGAAACCGGAAAGUUCGGGAUCAUGAAAUCCUAUACAUUUUAUAUUCGCACAGACUGUGGUUUUGCUCUUUUGUGUUGCAAAUUGAACAAAGCCGGAUGAUGGAGCUGCCUUUCGUUUCUUGGGAAUUUGUUAUAAUCAGACUAUUGGUAAAGCAGACUCAUCUGGCAGGAGAUCAAACCAUUUCACAAUACUUGAAUUCAGUUGUAUAUUUCAAAGACCAAGUACAGGAAAAGAGAAAUGAGAUCACGGUUACUUAGCCUUAUCACUGUAGACACAAACAAAUCAUAUAGAAACUAUUUGCACUUAUGAUAAUAACGAAGAAACUGCAAGCAACACAUCGUCUUAAACGUGAAAGCUUGGAGUAGAAAAUCUGAAAUGGCUUUUUCUUGUGAAAUGUUUUAUUUACACAAUCUUGUGCACUUCUUAUCAGUCAAUAAUGCAUAUGGUUUAACUGUUACAGGAAUAAGCACAGAUCUGAUUUGCAUGCUUUCAGCGAAAUAUAGUUACAAUCUAACCAUAACUACCCUUUCUUCUGUCCGAUCAUUAACUCUGAUCGUGCAAAACGCAACUUCUCGUUUAGAUUUACUUCAAACUUUCUGUAACAACAACACACUUUCAUUUUGUUUAUCGAUGUAAAAUGUGAUGCUUUUGUUUGAAGAACAAAAAACUGAAAGUGAAAAUGUUAGUUGUGGUCAUUAUUGACUCUUUUAGAAUCGUUUGGGUUUUUUGUUUUGUUGCAUUUAAGCAGCUCGGAUUGACAUGUUUGAUGAAUGCACAAGCAUUGCACAAGUCUUUUCAUGAAGAGAGCGAGCUCUUUGUUUCACUUUUAUUUUGCUUCGAGUCUGAACAGGAUUAACUCGCAUUUCUGAGAAAACACUCUGCUUUAACUGGCAGUGAGUAAAAAAAAAAAGGGAAGUACAUGUUUCCCGAAAAGGGAGGCCAAAAUAAAAUGUCUGAGUGUUAUUUGGAUGAACUUUUUCAGCUAUUGCACUUGCGCAGGAUGCCUUUUUAACUUAAGCAUUAAAGAAGAAACAAAUUCUGGAGCUCAAACGGAUGAAAUUAUUUCAAGCUUUGACAGAUAACUGUCUUUGAGAGGAAAUUACACAUUACAAAAAUUAAACAUUAAACAUAUUGAAAGUGAAAGUCACUGACAUACAGUGCAUGCAUUAUUUUAAUCCUUUGGUGCAUGUAAUGUUAUAUUACAAAGUAAUUACAUUUUUUGCAUGAAUAUUAUGUUUUCUUCCUAAAUUAUGAGUUAAUCUCUGUGCACUGAAAUAGCAGAUUAAAAAACAAAACAAAUGUUGUUAAAUUGAUUAUAAUAAAGGGUCAAAGGUCACUGCCCAUGAUGUUACAUCACAUCCAAAAUAAUUCAAAUAUUUUUUAAAGAUAGAUGACACCUGCAUCAGAGUUAAAUUGUAAUUUCUACCUGAUUUGACUCUUAAAAAUGACUUUUUUGUGUGUUUUCCAACCCAAUGCAACACCAAUAAACGUCAUUUUUACAUGUAUUAUUUAACAUUUCCGUAUGAUUGUUGUGUUCCUGUAGUGUUGUCCAUCCAGAUCAAAGUCAAUUUCCUUAUUAUGAGCUGAUCGCUCAAGGUAAUUAGAUUUAUUUAGUCAAAUAAAAUAAUAUUUUGUCUCUAAUGCAACUCUUGAAAGACAUUUCAGAUUACUCGACACACAGCCAAACUUGUUUUAGCAGGACAGAAGUGUGUGGGCACGGAGGGAUUCCCCAUGUCUCCGAACCACUGAUAUUUCCUAAUUCCUAAUUCAACAAGACUUAAAAAAACAAAGCAACCAAAAAAGGAACAAUGGCGCUUUUGUUGUUCUUUCUGUUUUAAACUAUGGUACCGAAACCGCAUGUAUGCAAAGUUUGGGAGGGAUAAACCCCCUCAAACUCCCGGUAUUAUUUUGUAAACUGAAUAAAAAUUUCAGGAGUACAUUUGUCAAUUGCAUAAAAAAUCACCCACAGGGUGACACACCCACCCAAGAUGUAGUCGAGUUUGUUUCUUCAUCAAAUUUGGAGAAAUGUAGCAGUCACCAAAAGAUCCUCUGCAGUGAAUGGGUGCCGUCAGAAUGAGAGUCGAUAAAAACAUCACAAUAAUCCACAAGUAAUCCACACCACUCCAGUCCAUCAGUUCACAUCUUGUGAAACCAAAAGCUGCACAUUUAUAAACAAAUGCAUCAUUACCAUGAUUUUAUCUUUAAACCAUCCAAUCAUUCUUCCUCCAGUGAAAAAGUCCACCUCCGAUUGUCUCUCCCAUUAAAACCCAGCCAUUUGUUUACCUUGUAUUUGCAGCUUUUAUUUAUUUAGAACUGUUUAAGCUUGUAAACGGUGCUUGAUCAGUGCAGAUUUCUCUCCUGAUUCAGAUGAGACGACUUAAAAGCAAUAUUAUGGACAGAAAACUUGUAUUUUGGCUAGAAGCAUUUAAAAAUGUCUUGAUGAUGGAUUUGUUUCUUACAAACACAGCUGUUUGCCUUAUGAGAUGUUACUUACUGGAUUGGUGUGGAUUAUUGUGAUGUUUUCAUCAGCUGUUUGGACUCUCGUUCUGACGGCACCCAUUCACUGCAGAGCAUCCAUUGAUGAGUAAGUUCCAAAUCUGCUCUUAUGAAGAAAUAUACUUAUGUACUUCUUAGAUAGCCUGAGGUUGAGGACAUAUUAAGCCAGUUUUAUUUUCCAGUGAAUAAUCUUUUUUUGGUUGAAACUUUUGCUUUCCUAUUCAAUGUUACUUUGUAAAAUGAUUCAUUGUUGUUUAUAUAUUUGCUGAUAAGAAUGUGCAAUGAUGCUAUUUUUUGCAGAAUUUCCUUCUUAUCGCUUCACAUCCACCAGCGUGUUACUAAAAUCAGAUUUAUCUAGAAGUUUGUUCCUCCUUUUAAGUGCUUGUCUUAGUCACAACAUAUAAAAUAUUAGUCAUUUUGUAGUUCAAUGUUGUUCAUAAAUAAAAUGAGAUUGAAUUCCC